AACAAUCAAUGAAUUUUUCGAAAUUCUUUAUUUCAUUGUCCGAAAAACAAGAACAGAAAGAUUCAAAUUCAAAACCAUAUAAAUGUAAUACAUGUGAAUUUGUAACUGCAAAAAGACAUCUUUUAAUUAGACAUCUUCUUGUACAUUCAACUGAUAAACCAUUCAAAUGUAAUCAAUGUCAGUAUGCAACAAAAAGAAAUGAUAAUUUACUGUUACAUAUUCAUCGUGUUCAUUCACCUGUAAGACCAUACAAAUGUGAUCGAUGUAAAUAUAGAUUUUAUUCAGAGAGAAAAUUAAAUUAUCAUAUUCGCCUUAUGCAUACCACUAAUGAUGAUGAUGAUGAUAAUAAUGGACAGAUAAAACAUCAAUGUAAUAUUUGUUACAAAACAUUUGCAUCGAAAUACAAUCUUGAUGGUCAUAAACUUAUUCAUACAGAUAAAAAGCCAUUCGGUUGUCAAUAUUGUCAACAAAGAUUUCGUCGUAAAGAUACACUUCAAAAUCAUAUUAAAAGUAAACAUUCAUAAUGAUCGAUUCAAUUUUGAUUUUUGUUAAAUCAAAAUUCAAAGACGAAAAAAAAUUGAAAAUUUUUCUUAA